AUGUUGGAUCCGCUGUUGCGUUCGCGCGUUCUCCAAGUCGCAAGAAAACUAAACUCGUGUUUAGAUUCUGAGCCACCACCCCAAAAGACUUCGACCUGUCCAUCGACAACUCCUACCCAUUACGAUGCCCAAUACGACACGAAAAGCCUUGGUCCCAACCAGUACGGACUACGACUCCUCAUACAACUCUUCAAGGACCGAAUCACGGGCAACCGCGAGCCCAUCACACAUCACGUUGGCGGCAACGGCGCUUUCGAGCUCUCUCUCUCUCUCCAUCUUUGUAGCGUUCAACGACCUCAGAAACCACCAGAAGCUGGAAAGAACCACUUGCAUCGACAAAGCCGCAGACGGAAGACUCGACGUAACGUGGCUUGCAUACGAAAUGGCUUCAAAACGGUAGAGCUAACGAAUCCCAGACUAACAAGGUUGCAAGCUCUCCCCAUUUCGACGGCAAAUAGUCGAAUUGUCAAAUCCAUGCGUUUUCCGACCGCCUACUCGAUCGUCUCCGGGCUUCAGUCCUGUUGCCAGGAAUGUGCGGGUGUGCCACUGCUUGGAGCUUUUGCGCGAGACUACACCAUUCCUACUCUAUCGAUUGAAGACUACGUCUUUUCAAUGCAGCGCGAGUAG